CUAGCUCCCGAGGAAAGACUGAUUUCAAUGACAUUAAUCAAUCGAUAUCCAGUAUUGCGCUCUUGAAAUAAUGGCACAAGGAGACCAAAAUGCGUUCUUAAUAGUCGUCCAAAAAAUAUUUACGUUUCUCAUUAACCGUAUUUAAUUUCUAUUCAACAGUAGUUAGUGUCAUAGGAGCUAGGAACUCAGUGUUCCCGUCCACAGUGUGGGGUAUCGAUUGAUUACUUCUGUUCACUGGGAGGAGAAUUGAGUUCAACACCAAACUGAUGGCAACCACAACUCGAUCAGAAGAUGCCAAAGUCUUUUUACUGUAUUUAACGUCCAGUGCCGGAGAUGUGAACAAAGUCUUGGACUUCUCGGGUCAUCAGGGCGUGACCCUGGACACGAGGGACGGCUCGGGAAGAAACAGCCUUGACCUUGCGCGGCAACAUGGAGACCGAACUGCGAUGACAACAUUGAUGGCAGUCGGUGAUCAACUCAGGUAAAUUUCUCACGUCUUAGUUAUUUGUAGAGUAUGGCUUUUUCUCGUUCACGUCUUAGUCAUGUGUAGAGCGUGGCUUUUUCUCGUUCACGUCUUAGUUAUUUGCAGUGUGGCUUUUUCUCGUUCACGUAUUAGUCAUUUUUAGAGCGUGGCUUUUUCUCGUAUUUGUUGCAAGCGCGCUCGGCCAUGUAUAUACGAGACAAUAUUGAAAAUGAAAGUUGGGAUUAUCGAUAUUUUCUUUUACUAUGUCAAAUAUUGGAAAACAUGGCGAAAUGGCAAUGAGUAUAAAAUUAAUCAAGUCUUUCAUCAAGGCUUUCUUCAAGGCUUUAUUCAAUGCUUUUAUCAAGGUUUUUUUUCAAGGCUUUCUUCGAUGAUUUCUUUAUGGCUUUAAUCAAGGCUUUUCCCCAAGGCAUUUAUCAAGGCUUUCGUCAAGGAUUUCAUCAAGGAUUUCAUCAAAGCUUUCUUAAAGUUAUUUUAUCGAAUUUUGGGGGGAGGGGGGGUCGACAUAUUUAGCUAUAUAAUAUUCAAGAGCAAGGAACAAUAUUUAAAAAAAAUAUAACAAUUUUUUUAGUUCUGUGCACGAUGACACAUACAGUUUUCCAUCCCAACUUGGAGGCUGUUCUUAUCAUACACUGUUACAAUAGGGUUUGUCAUUUAAUGGCAGAAAUCUAUUAAUAGAACAUCUGGGCGUAGACUCUGGUCAGUCUCAUUAGAUUAUUAAAUAAAACAUCCUGGUCUUCCACUUGGCCAAACUCUCAAAAGAUGCUCGGUACUUCUACGUUAAUGUCAGCCGCCAUAGUGGGUCUCAACCUGGACGAAAACGCGUUGACAACUUUACGAACUAUUAUUACAAUCACAUUGUCACUUCUUUAUAAUGUAUGCGGAAAUACAUUGUUAGAAGCUUGGUUUACGAAACACUGUCUAAAAAUAGUAACCUUACGUAAUGCUAUGUGACGUUUUCCGGUAUUAGAAAUGAAAUACGCCGCUACAUUGACUUUAAACAAAAUCAAAGUUUCAGUAUUGACAUUUUUAAAAGCUUUUUUAUCAUCUCUAAAAAUAUAUGUAUAUAUAUAUAUAUAUAUUUAUAUAUAUAUAUAUAUAUAUAUAUUACAUCUAAAAUUCACACAUAAUUUUCUAUAGUCAUCUCAUUCUUUAGUCUGGUUAACUUUAGUUAUCUCAUUCUUUGGCCAGUGGUUAACUUUAGUUAUCUAAGUCUUUAGUCAGUGGUUAACUUAAGUUAUCUCAUUCUUUAGCCAGUGGUUAACUUUAGUUAUCUCAUUCUUUAGUCAGUGAUUAACUUUAGUCAUCUCAUUCUUUAGUCAGUGGUUAACUUUAGUUAUCAAAUUCUUUAGUCAGUGGUUAACUUUAGUUAUCUCAUUCCUUAGUCAGUGGUUAACUUUAGUUAUCUCAUUAUUUAGUCAGUGGUUAACUUUAGUUAUCUCAUUCCUUAGUCAGUGGUUAACUUUAGUUAUCUCAUUCCUUAGUCAGUGGUUAACUUUAGUUAUCUCAUUAUUUAGUCAGUGGUUAACUUUAGUUAUCUCAUUAUUUAGUCAGUGGUUAACUUUAGUUAUCUCAUUCUUUAGUCAGUGGUUAACUUUAGUUAUCUCAUUAUUUAGUCAGUGGUUAACUUUAGUUAUCAAAUUCUUUAGUCAGUGGUUAACUUUAGUUAUCUCAUUCUUUAGUCAGUGGUUAACUUUAGUUAUCUCAUUCCUUAGUCAGUGGUUAACUUUAGUUAUCUCAUUAUUUAGUCAGUGGUUAACUUUAGUUAUCAAAUUCUUUAUUCAGUGGUUAACUUUAGUUAUCUCAUUCUUUAGUCAGUGGUUAACUUUAGUUAUCUCAUUAUUUAGUCAGUGGUUAACUUUAGUUAUCAAAUUUUUUAGUCAGUGGUUAACUUUAGUUAUCUCAUUAUUUAGUCAGUGGUUAACUUUAGUUAUCUCAUUCCUUAGUCAGUGGUUAACUUUAGUUAUCUAAUUAUUUAGUCAGUGGUUAAAUUUAGUUAUCUCAUUAUUUAGUCAGUGGUUAACUUUAGUUAUCUCAUUAUUUAGUCAGUGGUUAACUUUAGUUAUCUCAUUCUUUAGUCAGUGGUUAACUUUAGUUAUCUCAUUAUUUAGUCAGUGGUUAACUUUAGUUAUCAAAUUCUUUAGUCAGUGGUUAACUUUUCAUGAAAAAACAAAACAAAACAAGAAACGAUGUGAUCAUUUAAUUUGAACGGGUCAACUCUGAGUUCAUUAUUACAAAACUAGACGGAGGCAUUCGUAAGUCAUUUUAAACUCCCAAGAGACUAGCAACGAUACCGUAGUCAAGUUAGCGUAGCUAAGUUACCGUUGUCAAAUUAGCAUAGUCAAGUUUCCAUAGUAAGUUACCGUAGUCAAGUUACCAUAGCCAAGUUAUUGUAGCCAAGUUACCGUAGCCAAACUACCGUAGUCAAGUUACCGUAGGCAAAUUAAAGUAGUCAAGUUAGCGUAGUCAAAUUACCGUAUCCAAGUUACCGUAGUCAAGUUACCGUAGUCAAGUUACUGUAGUCAAGUUACUGUAGUCAAGUUACAAUAGUCAAGAUACCGCGGUAAAGUUUCCGUUGUCAAAUUACCAUAGUUAAGAUACUGUAGUCAAGUUACCUGAGCCGGGCAUUAAUAAUUUCUUAGAAGAUCAUUUGUAAAAAAAAAAUAAUAAUAAUAAUAAUAUUACUUUAUCUAUUAUUGUUUCCUAGAUUGCCGAACAACACGACCCCAACCAGAACUCAUCUUUUAGAACACACAACUGAUCCAAUCGCACACGCUCAAGAUCAUGACAAUUUGCGAGUUGUGCAAAUCCACGAAGCUGCCCGAUUCGGAGACCUCGACCUGCUGCAGUACGCAUUGCACGUGCUUGCAGUCCACAUCGACCACACGACCGCCGAUGGCGUGAAAGCCCUGAAGCUGUCCAUGCUGAAAGGAGACGUCGUCGCCGUGAGAUGUUUGUUGUCGGCUGGCGCCAAGAUCGCUGAAGAAGAUGUCCAGCUUGCCAAGAGUGUCGGCAACCAAUCGAUCAUCCAACUGCUGGAAGUAUGCCGUGCAGCUGACGAGUGACCAAAAUAAAGCAGCCAAGAACAGAUUUGUGUGAAUGAUUCAAAAUUAAUCUCACCGUAAAAUGAGCUCUGCUAACAAUGUCAUCGGCGAAGUUUUGUUGCGCC